CUCGCGUCAUCAUCACUCGACAAAUGUGCUUGUCAACAAAUCCAGCCUCUUCUGAAAUUAGCACCACCUAAAUGUUUAAAAAAAUUUCGGGUUUUCCCAGAAUGUACACCAACGGAAGAUGAGCAUUUGGUCACUAAAGGGCUUCGAACAUGUCUGCUCGGACGCUGCAGGAGCUUGUCGCCGCCGCUGCCUCCUUGCACGCCGACAGGCUGGCUGUGACACACUCGGUGUCCGGGAAACCACCGGUGUCCCUGACCUACAGAGACCUGGUUCAACUCGCCGAUGAAUUUUCUCGUGCUCUGCGAAAGAACUGUUCUCCUAGCAGCGGGGUGAUCGGGCUUUACUGCAGAGAUGAUUUGUUUGUACCUGUCUGGAUUUUGGGGAUCUUGCAGUCCUCUGCUGCUUACGUCCCACUGGACCCAGAAUCUCCUGGACUUCUCUCUGCCAGAGUCAUGAGCCAAUGUGGCCUCAAGUACUGUGCUGUACAAACCGACCUCCUGCAGCAUUUUCAGGCAGCUCUCAUCAAACACGUAACUGUGAAAAAUUGUGUUGAGCUGCUCAAGUUCAAACUGACUCUGAUUCACAUUGAGCCGCUGCGAGUCGCUGAGCGUGAACGAGGAGCAGGACAAACUGAAACUCUAUCAGUAAAUGAUCUCAGCGGUUCCGCUGUGCAGCAAGACGAUGCUGGGUGCAGAGAGUUGGCGUAUGUGCUGCACACAUCGGGAACAACAGGCUUUCCAAAGACUGUGAGGGUACCACACAGGUGUAUACUUCCCAACAUACUGCAUCUGAGAUCUUUGUUUCAGAUGAGGCCAGAUGAUGUGGUUUUCCUCGCCUCACCUUUAACCUUUGAUCCCUCAGUGGUGGACAUUUUUCUCGCCUUAUCAUCUGGGGCUCAACUCCUCAUUGUCCCUAAUGUGAUUAAGAAAAUGCCCAAUCGACUAGCUGAGCUGUUGUUCAACGAUCACAAGACGACUGUCCUCCAGGUCACGCCCACUCUACUGUUGCACUUCGGCCAUCGUAUUCUAAAACAGGACGUGCUGUCGUGCAGCUCUUCGCUGCGGGUGUUGGCUCUGGGUGGAGAAGCCUGCCCGUCGCCCGCUCUGCUGGAGAGCUGGAGACAUAAGGACAAUAAAACCAACAUCUACAACAUCUACGGGAUCACUGAGGUUUCCUGCUGGGCCAGCUGUUACAGAAUACCAGAGUCUCUGCUGCAGUCAAGCAACCUCACGGUGUCUUCUGUGCCUCUCGGGACUCCUCUGAUGGGCACAGUGGUGGAAGUCAGAGAUGAACAUGGCUGUGUUGUUUCAGAGGGUGAAGGACAGAUCUUCAUAGGCGGAGAGGACCGAGUGUGUCUCUUGGAUGAUGAGGACACUGUUGUCCCUGGGACGAUGAGAGCUACAGGAGACUGGGUGAAUGUUAAAGAUGGACAGCUGCACUACCUGGGACGGAGAGACCGAAUGAUCAAACGCAAUGGAAAACGAGUGAACUUAGACAGCCUACAGCAAGUCCUGCUGAGUCUCCCUCAGGUGGAAGCCUGUGCUGUGGGUCUGCACCAAGGAUUUCGACUUCUCGCCUUUGUCAUGGCAUCCACAUCUGGACACCAGAAGGCAGCUUCCACCUCCGCGUCUGUACAGCAACGUGCAGAACAAAUUCCCUCUGCUUGUGCUUUUGGUGAGCAUGCUGAGAACCAACCCUCUUCUGUCAGCCCCCCCCUGGAGGAGUCAGGCGGUGCAGAUGGAGAUCUGAAGAAGCUCAUUCUGAGCCAGCUGUCUCUGCUGCUGCCUGCUCACAGCGUUCCUGACACACUGGUGCUCGUCCCGACUUUAUGCCUGACUGCUCAUGGCAAAGUCAACAUGGAGGCAUUAGUCAGAGUGUAUGAAAAACAGAGACAGUGUUUAGAGUCUUCACAGAGAAAUUCCAGUGAACUGAGGCAAAUUCUUCAGACUCUGUGGCGGGAUACUCUAAAUCUUGCUGUAGAUGUUACCAUUGACAAGAAGUCCAACUUCCUGCUCAGUGGAGGAGAUUCUCUGAAGGCUCUGCAUCUCUGUGAAGACAUCCUCGCUGCUGUGGGAGUGACCUCACCAGAGCUCCUGGAGGUUAUACUUGAUGGGACCUUCUCUGACAUCAUGAAUCAUGUUGCCAGAGCAAGGGGGAUUUUGGAGCAUGAGAACAGCGAGUCAACGCUGUCUCAGGCCAAGAGACGGCACGACGAAUCCACGUCUCAGGUUCUAGAAAAGAGAGUGCGCAAAGACUGGACAGCAACUGAGAGUCUGCAGGUGGAGAAACAGGCUGUGAAAGUUAUAAGGAGAGGGGGCGAGGUGAUAGAGAUGAACAUCAGAUAUACAGAAGAUGAUAAAACAGUGCAGAAUCAACUUCUUGGAGUAAGGGAGUCUUGUGGAGAAGCUGAUUUGGGCCUCAGUCUGAGCUGGUCCUCGGACACAGGCAGAUGUGUGGACGCCUCCCCGGUGCUUCUAGUACAAAACAGAGCUGAUCACAGGUCAAAUUUGUUCAAAGCAACAGUGUUUAUUGGCUCACACUCCCACAGGAUCCAGGCUGUAGACGUCGCCACCGGAAACCUAAUGUGGGAGCGAGUUCUUGGAGACAGAAUCGAGGGCUCUGCUGCCGUGUCUCGCUGUGGUUCUCUUGUUGUAAUAGGAUGUUAUGACGGCUGUGUGUAUUUUUUAUGCACUGAAACUGGAAAUACACAGUGGGUGUUUGAGACGGGAGAUGCCGUGAAGAGCUGUCCUGCUGUGGAUCCUCUUACUGGUCUGGUGGUAGUGGGCUCACACGAUGGGCAUGUUUACGCCCUAAACUCAGAGGUUCGGAAGUGUGUUUGGAAGUGUCACUGUGGUGGAGGAGCUGUGUUUUCUUCUCCACGUCUUCACCCAUCACGCCGUCAGGUGUACGCGGCUUCACUGGGAGGACACCUGCUCUGUCUCAGCAUCGACAGUGGAGAUGUCUUGUGGUCUUACUGCAGAGACACUCCUUUCUUCUCCUCACCAAACUGCUUCUCUGAGCACGUUGUGAUCGGCUCGGUUGAUGGACACAUCUGCUGCUUCAGCAACAUGGGGAAACUUCUGUGGCAGUUUCUAACAAAGGGUCCAGUUUUCUCCUCUCCAAGCAUCACGUCAGACCAGAAGAGACUUCUGUGUGGAUCACAUGACGGUUGCCUGUACUGUUUGAAUUGUGCAGAUGGCUCUUUGGUUUGGACUUUUCAGACGACAGGCAAGGUGUACUCCACCCCAUUUGUGUUUGACGGCUCAGCUGUGGGGAGAAGGGGUUCACUGGUGGGCCUGGCCUCCACUGACGGCACAGUCUGGAUCCUAGAUGGAAAAGACGGACGAAUGUUGGCCUCGCAUACUCUCCCCGGGGAGCUGUUUUCAUCCCCGGUGGUGUGGGAAAGGUCACUCCUAGUCGGAUGUCGUAAUGACUAUGUGUAUUGUCUAAGUCUGAGUGUAAAAAAGGAAACAUAGAAGGAUAUAAUUUAUUUUUGUACCUUUUAAAAAAACAAUAAACACAACUUGUGUGUCA